AGUUUAUUGAGUGGAAUACAUAAAGUGUAAAUGUCCCGUAUAUAGGCCCCAAAAUAUUACGAAUAUGGAGGAACAAAGAAAGAUGCAGGAAAUUCGUCAAAGUAUAAGUAAGAAAGAUUUUGCUUCUUUUCAGAAAUGGUACAAUUUAUUGUGCCGGCCGAUUGAUAGACAUAGGUAUUCUAAAAUUGUGGAAUAUACGGUAAGGGAAGGCUUUGUUGAUGGAGUUCAAAUGCUAGUUAAAGAAAAUGGCGUCGGUUGUCUAGAUCUAUUUCACAGCAGAUCUGGAAAUGGCUUCCACGUUGCUUGUACGUAUGAACAAAUAGAAAUUGUAAAAUUUUUACUUAGUGUGAAAGACUGUGACAAAGUGGUAACGGCCAUUAAUUCCAAAAAGCAGGACGGGCUUUCAAUUGCAAUCAAAAAAGAAAAUAAAAAACUGUGUGAAAUUUUACUGAGCAAUGGACUAUUCCACAUCGACAAAAAUCCUUGUUCUAGUUCAUCCCGACUCUUUGAAGCAUUAAGCAAUCAGAAAAAAGAGAUGGCACAUUUUCUCAUUACACACGGGGCUGAUGUUACACUUGUUGGUCAUAACGAGUCUCUUGGAACGAUAAGUUGUGUUUGUCUCUCGGCGUUGAGAGUUUCUAGUCUUCUAGGCGAAAUUUUAAAAAGAGGAGGAAACCCAAACGAUGAACACAAACAGACAGGAAAAUUCGUGUUACAGUUGGCGCUUGAAGCAAAAGCAGAUAGAAACACAGUUAAAGCGAUCAUCAGAGCUGGUGCUAAUUUAAACCGGAAGGACAAAUUCGGAAAGCCCCCUGUUUUUGGUUUGACUUCUUUAGAUCAACUGUAUGGUUUCAUAGAUGCAGGCGUUGAAGUUGAGGAUAUCGAACAAAGUUACAAAUUUUCCAUUUUGAAUUUUGUUUUGAAAUCCCGUCAUGAAUCGAAAGAUGUAAAAAAUUUUCUGGAAAGAGGGGCAAAUAUAAAUUUUUACGAGGAUGAAAAUGAUGGAGAUGACUCUGUACUAAUUCGAGCAAUAAGUAGUUAUUAUGCGAUUGAGGAAGAUGUAAGGCUUCUUGUAGAACAUGGUGCUGAUCCUCACCAAACAGACAAAGCAGGGUUAACGACGCUUCAACUAAUAUUUCAGAACAGGAAAAUUUUAUAUGAAAACGUCCUUUAUCUCCUUGAAUUGGGAGUAAACGCAGAUGGUUGUUUGCUGAAUGUUAUUGAAAUUUACCCAAACACUGAGAAAGAAAUUCAUCUUGUCAAACGAUUGCUGGAAUGUGGUGCUGAUCCAAAUGAAGAGUCAAAGAAAAACAAGUCAGUUUUAUCUGCAGCCAUUUCACGUAAUCUGACUGAAAUCACAGAGGAACUCAUCAAACAUGGAGCUGAUAUUAAUUUUAUAGAUAGCAAAGGCGUAAGUCCUUUAGGAUACGCCUUUCAGCUUUAUACAGAUGACAAAAGGUUAAGAUUUCUGCAGAUACUGCUGAAAUGUCCCGUAAAAAUCCUGGACUCUUAUUUAAUUGACCUAGUAAAUAAAAUGGCUAACAGGAGCACUCGUAUUUCAACAACUACUCGUAUUUCAGCAACAACUCCGAAACACUUCUUAUUCAAUGCAACAGAAAUAUUUGUGCUGCUUAUCGCUGGAGCUGACGUGAUCAUACCACCUAGAUGCUUCGAUCUUACCUGUUUUCUACGGUAUGGAUUGUAUGAAAUUGCAUCACAGAUCAUGCAAAGUGGAUUAAACGUAAAUUGUUGUUCAAACCUUACAAUCGAAAACUUUGACAGUGAGAUUCCAAAUUUUCAACUUUAUAGUGUAAGCUACUAUGCAAUCGUGCCCGAGGAGAAAAAAAAGAAUUUGUUUUCUGUACUGAACAAAAUCGAGAGAGAACCGAAGUCUUUGCAACACCUAUGCAGAUCCAAAAUUCGAAGAGAACUAGCAGUUCGUGGUCAUAGUAUUUUGCCAUUGAUUGAAGAUCUGCCAAUUCCAAACAAACUGAAAUCUUUCAUGAAGUUUGAAGAUAUCCACAAACCUUUAGAAGAAGAAAUUGUUGCUGAUUAUGUCUCUAAUAGAUACGGACGCAUGUAUGAUGAUGACGACGACAGGUUCGAUUAUUAUGAUUACGAUGAUUAUGAUGACAAAGUUGACAGCGAUUACGAAGAACAAUUUUUCAAUGUCGAGACGGAUGAAUUUGAGCCAAUAUGGUGGUAAAAUAAAAUGAAAUCAUUAUUUACUUUUACUAACGUGAAUAACAUUUACAAUACGCUAAGAAAAUGUUUUUCAUAUUGUCCUAUAGCACGCUAAGAUCAAAUGGCCCUUUACAAUCACUUGUCAAUCGUCCCCAUUCAAAACUCGACUUUUUUAGGUCACCCUGAGUCACUCAGGUGACCUAUUGCAAUUGGUCUUCGUCCGUCGUCGUGCGUUAACAAUUUUACAUUUUUAACUUCUUCUGGAAAACUACCACGCAAAUCGUUCCCAUUUUUAGUGUGAAGCAUUUCUAUGGUAUGAAGAAUCUAAAUUUGUGAAAUUCAUCGCUCUACCACCCCUGGGGAGCCACGGGCGGGGCCAAAUAGGCAAAAAAA